AUGCCUGCACGCUCACGCAAGUUUUCAGAGGCAGAUCUCGGCGAACCAAGUUCCAAGUCUACGUUCUCGUCUCUUUUCGCGCAUAUACAGGAUAUUACACCUGCACCGAAGCGACAACGAACGGGCCUCAAUUCACGAUUUGACCGCAUGAUGGACACCGUGAAUGUCGCGUGUCGUUCUCCUGCUAGGCGCGACCGGACGCGUUCAGCUGGUUCAUCUUCCAACAGCAGCUAUGUGAUGCCCACCACACCUCUGGAUGUAUAUGAUACCCUCCAAUCUGGAAGGCUAGGGAAGGAUUUUUCUGUCAUAAAAAUGAGGCAGGGAACGGUGUCUCAGGGCGAAGACCAAGAUAGUUCCUUGCUUUAUCGAGAGAACUCCAGCAAUCAUCGAUCCUUUGAAGCAUUACCUAGCUGGCUAUCCGACGCGUUCCUAUCACUAGACGAGACACAUCCAUUGCGUCUACUUUUACCUUCUUCUAUGGAACAACCCAUGUCGUCUUCUUUGAAAGAUCCAAAUGACUGUAAUCCGGUAUAUCUCUCUGACGAAGAGAGCCCGUUUGCGUUCAGUGCCCUUGAAGCUGACGGAACGGAACUUCAACUUCGUGCUACUGCUCUUCCUUGUUCUGACAGAUCCAAACAACCUACAAUCGCUAUCUUUCAUCCCAUUUACGAGGCCUGGUCCCGCUUCACAAGUUUCUCACCCUCACCCUUCACCGUUUGUAGCAAGAACGUUAACAUUGUCACCGCCACCACCGUCCCCAACAAUAUCCUGACUCGUCUUGUCCUAUUCCAAAUUGACUCGUCAGACCUGCCCCUUGCUGAUUUGCCCGACAACUUCAAUAUCAACUCAGAAUACGCCUAUUUCAGGGAUACACCAACAAGUGCUUCUCAACUUUCGCAUAACCACCUUGCUUCACCGUAUUCUCAACAAAUGCUUACCCCAUGCUCGGAUAUCCCCAUUGCUGAUUAUUCAUCGGAUGAAGUAAAGCAGGACGAAGCUCCGAUUUCUCAUAUUUGCUUUCACCGAAGAGAAGGAACAGAUAUGUCCCGGUUCCAAAACAUAUUCUCUACGCCGGGACCCGGUUAUUUGAUCUCUCGCCCAGUUCACUUCGAUUCGCCUGCUGAAAGUUCAAGUUCUUCUGACCCUGUUUCUGAGAUCAAGUACGACGUGGAAUGCACCGAGUUGGAUUUCCAAUGGAAGCCUUAUGAUAGAAGCAGAACUGCUGGGCUACAAACUUUCUUUGUUCCAUCCGAAUCUCCCGCGGACCAUCUGAGCGAAGGCGGACAGGAAACGGGAGUAAUUGAACGACUCGGUCAGCCUACAUCAGCCAGGGGACGUGCUGGCAACGUCAACAAGUUAACUGCGGAGGCGCCGUCUCAUCCUCAGACGUCUACACCUCGUCACUACGGUUCAUCUCCGGGUCCCUUCCGCUUUGCCCUUCCUUCCGAAGCACACCAAACGUCAGGACCACCACCCACAUCCCCUGCAGCAGCAAUAGAGGACAAACGUCAAAUUCUCUCGAAAGAGGAACGCAUGCCUGCCUUUGCUCCUGCUCCCGGUAUCUAUCUUUCUCCCCUUCAACGCUCUAGAUCCUCUUCCAUCGGUGUAACAAAUGUUGUUGAAGACAAAGAAUUAUCUUUGAUUGAAAGAUUGGACAAGGUAUCUUCAAAAACCAGUAACGAAAUUUCUACCUCAAAUAUCGACGAAUCGGGCGACGUGUUGGGGUCCCAGUCUUCGGCUGAUUCGAUCGAGUCGUGGGGGUGAUGAAGCAUGAUGUAUGACGUUCAUUGUUCCCAUUACUGGUAUAUACACGUUGUUCCUUUCGCCCGCCCGUAAGGUACGUAAUCGGAUGCGCCGUGCCGUCGGGAUAAUGAUAUGGAGUCAUUAGAAAAUCUCCUAGUGUCUUUAUUGUGAUGCAUGUGCGUUGCGGGUGGACGCUUGAAACUUCGGAGCCUUAUGAUGGUACGGAACUUGGGCUGACUUGGGGCACAUAUGCUUCCACCCCUUAGCAUGUGGCUCUGUCCAGGAUCCCAUCUUGAUUUUGGCUUGUCCAUAGCGACCAACAAUAUAUUAGAUCUGUCCGGUGUUCAAAUUCCGACCCUAGGAAUAGACGCUAAGGUCUGGUUCAACGUGAUAAAUAAAAUCUUGCGGUCGAAUAAUCAAUGCUGCGCUUGUCAUCAUGUUUACUUUCAUUAACUGGCAACGCCUUUCAUCAUUCAAGCAAGAACACAGAGCGAAA